AUAAUACUAUCAAAAAUGUAACAGACAUAAGACAAGAAUCACAGGGGUGUUUUCGUAAAUUUCACAAAUGAGCUGGUAAAGUGCCAAGCCUUCUCGAGUCUCCCGCUCCGCUCAGCUCGUAGCCCUCUUUCUCCUUUCGCUAUGCGAUUUCUUCGGAAACCCUAAAACUGCGAGAGAAGACUCACCGUUGAAAUUGAAGCUCUUACAGCUCUCUCGAGAGGAGCUUCAUUCAGUUUCCCCGUAAAACUUCACAGCUAGGGCUAUAUAUUUGGGAAAAAGAGUGCUUGGAGUAACUUUAUAUUCUUAUGGAGGUGGAAGAGUUUGUGAUGGUUGAGGAUGGUGGUGUUGAGUCUAAUGGCGACGGAUUAACAGUGGAGGUUAAUGGUGUUGUGCAAGAGAAUGAGAAUCUGAAUGUUGAUUUUCUCGAGGAUUUAGAUUCUUACUGGGAUGAUGUCAAUGAGAGGCUGAUUAUCUCACGGGUUGUGAGCGACUCGAUUUUAAGGGGAAUGGUUACUGCUAUUGAGUCUGAAGCUGCUGAGAAGAUUGCUCAGAAAGACCUUGAGUUGUCCAGAGCUAGGGAGACUUUGUCUCUGUACCAUGUGGGUUCUGAAGAGAAUGAGGCCUCCAGUGAUAAGGCGAGUUUGGACCCUCCGGAUGGGUCUUUGAUCAGUCUUAAAAAUAUAGCGAGAAAACAGUUGGUGAUGCUUGUCGAAGAGCUGACCAGUUUGAGAAAGUAUGUUCACGUCAAUAAAGCAGGCGCCACCGUGGAUGAUACGUCAGGUGCGCAUGAGAUCGGGUCCAAAACCGUGGAUAAAAUGCUUGAUUCCCUGAAGAGCAUACUAGAGACUGUGUUGAAGCGGAAGAAUGAGACAGAGCUCCCCUCCUCGUGGCAGCAGGAGCAUGAUUUUCAAAAAGUAAUCGAGUCUGCAGUGGUGACUACUUUUGUUCGGAGUCUCAAGGAUGAGUAUCAACAGAGGUUGUUGGAGAAAGAAGCCGAGUGUGGUGGUAACAAGAGUUCGUUACUUGGGAAUAUUAAAGAGAUCACUGGUCUGCGCCAGGAGUUAGAGGCGAUUCGUAAAGCGCUUUCUGAUCAUGAAAACGGGGACAUAGAGGCAGGGGAGGUCGGGGACAGGAAAAGAGUAGAGCAGUUGCACCGCAAGAUGUCGGCAAGCCUUAGUUCAGCUUUGGACACAAAUGGUAAGCAUGAUGUUGGCUCAGUCCCCGAGAACUUUGACACUUUGAAGCACUUGACACCGAUUGAGUUGAUCAAUCACUUUAACACCGAGAUGAAUCAAAUGAAAAGGGACCAUGAUUAUGAGAUACAGGAGAUGACUGAGCAAUGCUUUACCUUUAAGCGAAAGUACUUGAACUUGAAGGAAAGGGGUUCUUUUUCUUUUGUUGGGAAAGGAAAGGAGCUAGAUGCGUUGAAAAAGAAGAUCCCAUCUGUCAUCUCGAAGUUGGACAAGAUUUUGGUGGAAGAUGAGAAGUUGGUGUCUGAAGGAAAGAACAAUGCUGAGUUUAAGAGCCGAUUGGAUUCUCUUCUGCUGGAAAAUCACCAACUGAAGGAUUCACUCUCAGAGGCUGCUGAGAAGAUGUCACAGCUUUCUCAAGCUGAAGCAGAUCAUCAGAAGUUGAUUCGAAGGCUAGAACUAGAUGCUGAUGAUUCUCAUGUUGAAGCCUCUAUCGCUGAAGAUGUUCAUAGGUGUUUCAUGAAGGAGUUUCUGGGUCAGAUUAGAAGUGCAAAACAGGAAACGGAUUUGGAACAUAGUAAGAUGAGAGAAGCUUAUGAGUUGAUAUUGAAAGAUCUUGAGGGUAAAGCUGACCGUGAAAGCAAGGAUGGCUUUGUAGACUCUUGUCUCGAGUCUUUGAUAACGGAAGAGUGUAGUGCUGUAAUAUACAAAGAAGCCUUGAAGGAAGCUGAUAAGAAAAUUGCAGAGUUGAACCUGCGUGGAACAGAGAAUGAAGAAGCUUUGAAAUUAGAGAUGGUUGACAAGAAAAGACUGAACGAGGAGAUUCAUCGGCUGGAGUGUCUCGUCAAGGAGAAGGAGGGUUUAGUCCAAACAGCUGAGUGUAACUUGGCUGCAGAGAGAAAGAAACUUGAGUUAGCCUCUCAGCAGAUUAACGAUCUGCAAUCUCAGACAGAACAGCAACAUAUAAAGAUUCAGGAGAAAAACGAAGCAUUAAGAGUUAUGUCGGCACGUGAGCUAGAGAAAAUAGAAGGCUAUGAGAAGAAGAUAUCAGAACUGAGAGAAGAGCUAGAUUUAGCAAGAGAGAGUUGGGAGGAAACCAAAGAUGAGAAAAGGAAAACUGAGGAGAAGCUAUCAGCGACAAAAGCAGAGAAAGAGUCAAUUAGAAAGCAGCUCCUGUCUCUGGAUUUGGUUCCUCAAAAAUUCAUGGAAGGUUUCAACAUUCUAGAGGGCUUGGUAGCAGAAAAGACGCAGAAAACGAAUUCAAGGUUGAAAAACAUGCACAGUCAACUGUGUGAUCUUUCACAUCAAAUAAAUGAACUCAAGGGGAAAGCAUCGAUGUACAAGCAACGAUUUGAGAAAAAGUCAAGUGACCUCCAAAAGGCCGAGGCUGAGGUUGAUCUUCUUGGAGAUGAGGUUGAAACACUCUUGGAUCUUCUUGAGAAAAUAUAUAUAGCUCUAGAUCAUUACUCUCCAGUUCUAAAGCAUUACCCUGGCAUCAUUGAGAUCUUGAAGCUUGUUAGAAGAGAGCUUAGCGGAGAAGCAAAGAGACCACCAGCAGAUUGAUGCUGCACAACCUCUUUCCACACUAGUUUAUUUAUCUUCUUUUGGUGUACAGAUCUGUCAGGCUUAUGUAAUGGUGUUGAUGUUUAGUUUCUACGAGCCCUUUUUUUGUUAAGUAGAUACGGUUAUUGGUUAUGUACUUGUGAUAUCAACUGCAGAAUGUGAUGUUGGACCACUGGAUACUUUUAAUCUAAGUAUACAAUUGGAUGAUA